GCUCUGCGCACUCACUCAGCCGCUCCAGCGCCUACAGUUCAGCCGCUCCGCCAAAGCACAGUGCGCACAGCAACUCAUCCGCUGAGUUGGGAGCCACUCGGAGCUGCGAAACAACAUCCACCGAAGAACCGACAAGGAAACAUGUCGACCUACGUGUCCUACGAAUGCCGCCGGGUCAGCCCUUCUGUCCACGGCAACAAGUUUGACACGGCGCACCGCAAAAAGGCCGUGGCCAACAUCUUCGAGAACGUCAACCAGGACGCGCUGAUGAGGCUCUUCCAGAAAACGGGCGACAUGAAGGCGGAGGAGAGGGUGAGGAGCAUCUUCUCCUACACCCAGGACCCGGAGGAGACGGCCCGGGCCCUGAUGGCUCUGAAGCAGCGGAAGAAGGACAAGUUCCUGCAGAUCGCAGGGAUGGUCCGACAGCUGCUCAAAGUGCGCUGACUGUCCGCAGCUCUGGCACCGCCUGUGUCUGUCUGUCUGGCACUCGGCUCGUGGUUGAGCUGAAUGUGAAAAUACUCCCAACAUGACUGGGUCACCGCCUCAGGUGCAGCUACACCUGUCUUCUGGAGAGGAGCGUCAGGUGCGGAGGUGAAGCCGGACCCGGCCGCCCCCCGGGGCGCACCAUGCGGCUGGAGCCGCACUGUGGACGGAGGGGAGAGAGGAGAACCUGCUGUGAACACGGAGAGCAGGAGAACAUGACUGGGGAUAUAUGUCUGCCCUGAAACUUGAAUUCAUGAAUGCAUUCCUGUGGAUGCUUGACUGUGAAGACACCUUGUCCAGGUGUCCAUCACUUUGGUGAUGCUGAUGAACAACAGCUGCAAUAGAAGAGACUCAGUGCCGAAGAACCUGCCUAUGAAUGCCUGUCCUGAACACAUGCCUUGUCUCUUACUUCACUUUGUUAUAAGACAAAUAAUCAUUAGUGGCCACUAAUGUGUUUGUCACAAAAAUGUUAUUAUGACACAAUGAUUUGCAUUUGUUGCAUUUAUGAAAUGUUCCUUUGUUAUUUUAUAAUAAAUUAUUGCAUUAUAUACAAAUGG